CCGACAAGUCCGCGCAUGACCGUGGGCUCGUCCUCGUUCAUGACCACGAUGCAUCCCAGCCUGCUGCGUCGACAUUUUGUGGUGCGAGUCGUCCGAUUGCGAGCAACUUUGCUUGUGUCUGUGCUGAUCGCGCCGAUCUCAUGACUCCUGCGUUGUUUCUGAAGGGGAAAAUCGAUUGAAUUGGAGGUUUCCCGAGUUUUUCAGAUGUAAUUUACAGUGUUUCGAGUUUCCCAAUUGUUUGUUAAAUGUUGGCGAAUUCCGCGAUUUGUAUCUCUGAUGUGUGCGUGUAGUUGCGAUUCUAAUCGUGUGAACGUUGUUUGUGAUGUUUUUGUGUUUUUUUUCUGUCGUUUGUCGUUGUGGCCGUCUCUGGUCAUGGUUUUCUGAGGUUUGCGUUUGUUUAGAGGGUGUUGAAAGGGUGGUUCGGAAAUCGCUGGUCGUUUUUCAUGGUCUUUCGGGGGUCUAAGUAUAAGGUCUCUCAUGCAAGCAGCGAAUUGAGUCUCCUAAAUGUGUCAAUUGGACUAUCGCCUGUAGUUCUCACGUCUGAACAGAUGUCUUACUUGAGAAAGUUGUCACCAGCAAUGCGGCUCGUGCCUCUUGUGUUGGUACUUUCCUGUUUCAACAAGGAUCCCUUCUCGGUUUUUCUUGAGUUUUCCUACGAAUCGUGGCACGCAUAAUGGCGAGGGUUUCAAGAUAUAGCGGAGUGAAAAACUUGAAUUGAUCUUUGAAGCAGUUUUCGAAUGUGCAGCUUUUGGGUUUGCGAAAUCUCUGGACUGUGCUCUUCAUCUUUAAGCCAACUGAGUAUUUCGAUCUUCAACAUCCUUUGAGAUAGUGAACGUCUCAUGUUAGAAACCAUUUGAUCAUGGAAUCAAAUAUCGUUAACCGACUCUUCCUUACUCGGUCCUAAUUUUAUACCGAUUCCCUUUCCCUGUCCACUUGCUUGCCUCCCGUGCCGUAUUCGUGAAGCUUCGGCGUUGCCUGGGGCUAUCCAGAAAGUACUCGAAUUGAAUUAUACUGUCCCUGCUCAUGUGCACUACACCUUUAGCGGUUACAUAACUACUAGAUUACGAGGGUUUUGUUGGUCGAAAUGGGUCAAUUUUCUCGUUGGUUUGCUGCGAAGAACUCUGGAACCAUCACCCUCAUCCCCUAUGCAUUUUCUGUCUUUGCCACAGACUUUAAAUUCAAUUGGGAGUAUUGUCUUUGUCGAGGGUUUUUUCCCUGUUAUUAAAAGCGCUCGCUGGCAUUGUGACUAUCUUUGAAGCCGCCCGGGAAGUCCUUUUUCAAAGGUUUCCUGAAAAUUGUGGAUCCUAUCAGUAUGUGGCCUAAGUUGACAACUUGAACCACAACUCGAGCUCUGCAAAACAGUUUUCAAUUCUAAUUCUGGGUCAUUGCUGUGAUUGCUGAAAGACGACCAAAUGCCAGUCUCAUUCAUACUUCUCUGUUUAAACAUAGUCGAUUCGAACCACAGAAUUUGGAUUGUAUACAAAUGAGAAGAGCAAUCAGUCUCUUUUAGGAAAACCAAUGCUCAGCGAAGGUUGUCCUGAACCAAACUCGUCUUCGACAUUUAGUUGGAAUAACUCAGGCUCAUGUCAGUAUUCUCACCAUUGUUAAUCACUGUAACCACGAUUGCAGUGUCACUUAAUUUCGGUCUACGCUACAAUUUCUGACAAAAACAUUCAACUCACUAGACAGCGAAGAUGAGCCACGUACAGGAUGAAAAGAUGGUGAGCUCGGGUGGUUCCCUCUCGCAUGACUUCUUGCGGCUGAUCUGGCACCUAAUGAAGUUGAUGUUGCUGACGAGCCUAUUGUGCGCGACGUUGCUAUUUUUACCCCAUACAACCUGUCGAAGCACAGUUGGCCGUGUGAUGGUGGCAAAUAACGACUCUGUGAGCGUUUCGCCACUACAAGACCUGCUUAAGGGGCAAACGCUGGGAGUACAGAUGUUAGAUACCGACUCUGAAAUGAUGAGGACAAUGAACGAGCAUUCUACAUUGGAGCUCAAAACAGUAGUAAUAGCAGAGACGGUAGUUCCAUACGAGGACCGCCACCUUCUGUCCGUGUAUGUUAAACAGCAGCUCGAUGCAUCAGAUGUUACGAGUGAAGCUCAGAUGGAAGCUGUGCUAACUAUGGUCAAUUUGGCACCGAUGGAAGCUGUUUUGAGCAAGGAAGAGAUUGGAGAGAAGGGAUCUCUUCGCAACUCUGCUGUUUUGGCUUUGAUCAAGAAAUACGCAGAGAACGUUCACUUUAUGCUCAUCGGGGUGCGAGCAGAGCCACGGUUAGGUUUGUAUUGGAUUUCCCUUUCUCAGCGUAAUGCGUGGAAUGAAGUGUUGUCUCGAGUCCUAGUUGACAAGAUCCGAGGUGAGGCUAGGAAUUACCUGUGGCAUCGCCACGGCAAUGAAGUUUCCGAUCACUUGGUUGGAGCUAGGACUGAACUAUGAGACAUUGAUCUUUCACCCCGCAGACUUAGUCUUGAGGGUGGAGUUUUUGUGAAGCGCUCCAAGCGUAAU